AUGCUAGCCCACUGCGGUACUGAUGCUAUUUAUAAGAUCAAAAUGAUACGUAGGGACCUAGCAGAAGAGGAGUUGGAGCUGAGGAGGCUUUCCGAGCUAGAGUACGAAAGUCAAAGUCUGGCGAAGCGGAACAGUGAGAAAGAGUCGGAACUGAGCCAUCUUAGUGCAGAAUUACGUGAACAACAAAAUGUACUACGCAUUGCAGCCGGAAGAGUAGAGAUGCUACGGCGACAGGCUCAUCGUGUCCAAGAGACUAAUCGUAUCGCUUCUAUCGCUGAGCGACCGAGAGCUUCGGUUGAACCGUUCCAAGUGAAUGCUUCAGUGAGAAGUGUUGCUGAAGCUGAGAAAGAUGCUAAGGACGAGAAAUGCACUGUAAUCGACGUCUCAUUGGACAGGUACAUAAUUUCUGAUGGUCGAUCGAGCACUGAGAGUAGGAAAUUGGUUCUUUUGGUCAAGAACGAUAGCUGACG